UCCGUAUCUGCAUCGGUAUCUAUAUCUCGAUCUGUGUAUCUGUAAGUGACGUGUCAUUUAUGUCUUAGUGCAUGCAAUAAAAAACGGCAUCUGCUAAAAUUUAUGUGCAAUCGAAUUUCAAUUUAAAUGGAAUAUAGUUUAGCAAACGAACAAAACGUUUGCCGUCAAACAAUGAAUGCAUUUUAAAAGCAAUUAAAAUUCGUAACAACCACAAAAAGGCUAUAAAGAAUAAUAAGCCCACUUCAUAUACACUGCUUCAUUUGCAUACAUCAUUAUAAAAAUCAUCAAUAACAAUUGGAAAAAUAUUUGGCAUCGUUAUACCAAUCCACAUCGGAUCAGCAGUCGACGCGUGAUUAUCCACAGUUCAGCGGCGACUAUCACAACGUACAGUUGCAGGUCGCCGCCGUCGCAGCCAGCUCCAAGAUGUAUCACACCAGCAGCGCCGCUGCAGCGGCCGCCUACACGGAUCUGGCCGCCGCCGGGGGCGCUGCCAGCGUCUCUGGCUAUCAUCAUCAGCAGGCCGUCAAUGCGCCCGUCUAUGUGCCCUCCAAUCGUCAAUACAAUCACGUUGCGGCGCAUUUCGGCAGUGCAGCAGCAGCCCAGAAUGCCUGGACAACGGAUGGCUUUGGUUCGCCGCAUGCCCAGUUGCCGGCACAAUUUUACACACAGAAUGCAGCAGUGAUGAUGGCACCUUGGCGAUCCUACGAUCCGACUGGCUUCCAGCGCUCCUCCCCUUAUGAGAGUGCCAUGGACUUUCAGUUUGGCGAGGGACGCGAGUGCGUCAACUGUGGUGCGAUUUCUACCCCGCUUUGGAGGCGGGAUGGUACCGGACACUAUCUGUGCAACGCUUGCGGACUGUAUCAUAAGAUGAACGGCAUGAACCGGCCGCUGAUAAAGCCCAGCAAGCGACUGGUGAGUGCAACUGCCACACGGCGAUUGGGGCUGUGUUGCACCAACUGUGGCACACGCACUACAACCCUCUGGCGUCGUAACAAUGACGGCGAACCCGUCUGUAAUGCCUGUGGCCUCUACUUCAAGCUGCAUGGCGUCAAUCGGCCACUGGCGAUGCGCAAGGAUGGCAUACAGACACGCAAGCGGAAGCCCAAGAAAACAGGCAGCGGCUCCACAACGACUAGUGGCUCGGGAUCCGGCUCUAACACGGAGGCCAUCAAGGACUGCAAGGAAGAGCAUGAUCUCAAGCCCACGCUUAGCCUGGAACGACACAGUCUCAACAAGCUGCAUACGGAUCUGAAGAGCACUUUGGCGGGUAGCGUCGCCAGCAGUCUGAUGGGGCAGCAUCAUGGCCAGCAGCAACAGCAACAGCAGCAGCCGCAGCAACACCCAGUACCGUCGCAUCAGCAAUGCUUUCCACACUACGCACAGCAGCAACAACAGCAGCAGCAGCAGCAACAACAGCAACAGCAGCAGGCACAGCAUCAGCAGCAUAGCCACCAAUCGCAGCUGAGUGUGCGGCAGUUGCAUGGCGCCAGUUCGCAGCUGUAUACGGCCGGCAGUAGCUCGGCAGCCUCCGCGUAUACGACGCACAGCAGCAAUGCGGCGGACACGCCCACAUUAAGCAACGGCACACCCUCGCCACACUAUCAGCACCAUCAUUUGCAUGCGGCGGCGGCAGCCAGCAGUUCGCAUGGACAUCAUGCGGCUGCAGCUCAUCAUCAUAUACAUGCGGCAGCCGCAGCCGCAGCGUAUGGAGUCAAGACGGAGGCGAGUGCCACCAACUAUGACUAUGUAAACAACUGUUAUUUUGGGGCAUCGUUUGGUGCACUGGGCGGAGCGGCCUCCUCGGCGAUGGCGGGUGGGGCGACCAGUGAUCUGGCUGGCUAUCAUCAUCAGCACAAUGUCAUCCAGGCCGCCAAGCUGAUGGCGACAUCCUGAGCAGCAGCUGCAACAGCAGCAGCAGCAGCGGCGGGCACUGUGAUCUCUUCCCCAGAUAAUUUGGUUGGAGCUUCGUUGGAAUGGUAUUGAAAAGACUUUUGAAUUAGUUUUACAUAAGUUGCAAUUAGUUUUUAUCACCUGUAAAUAAGUGCACAGAAGUUUUGUACAAAUAUUUGUUUAUCGCUUCGUUCUAUUUACUCGACCUUGUGUAAGUACCCAGUUAGCUUAAGUUUUAGUUUUAACCAGCAAUUGUAAAGCGUUUGUAUUAACCUAUUUCUCUAACUAGCAUAAAUUAUUGUUAAUUCAUAAAACGCACACAAUCAUAGAUCAUUUAGACAUAAGACUAGUAGAACAUUUAAGGCCAUGCAUAUUAUCAUAUAAAU